GUGCGGAGCUCUCGCGUCCAGCUGCGAGCCGCGGCUGGUGUGAGGUCCCGGCCGGCUCCACGCGCGUCGAGCCCGCGCCGGCUGGGGGUUGGGGGUGGCCCGGCCGCCCUCUCACCCGCCCGUGCGCUCGGGACUGCUUGCUCUCGGCGCCCGCUCUCUGGCUCACGGUCUUUUGUAUCUUUCUUUCCCUCCCCGCCCCUCUCCUGCCCGCCGCGAUGUCUCCGCGCCCUGCUGCCACCUCCCUCCGCCCGCGACGCCCCGGCCACUGCGGCGGUGGUGGCGGCGGCUGCUGCCCUCGGACGCGGGCCUGAAAGGAAGAAGAGGAGGAAGCGAGGCGCGCCCCCCGGCCCAUGCCGCAGCCCGAGGCCCGGCCCAGCCGCUGCGCCCGCGCCGCCGCCGCCCUCGCCCUGCUCGCCGGAGCGCACGAGACCUGCAUGGACGGGCAUGGGCGUGAGAGCAGCAGCACCUUCCUGCGCCGCCGCCGCCGCCCCCGCCCCCGCCGCCGCCGGGGCUGAGCAGGACCGCCGCCCCGGGCUCUGGCCGCCCUCGCCCCCGCCGCCGUUGCUGCUGCUGCUGCUGCUCAGCCUGGGGCUGCUCCACGCAGGUGACUGCCAACAGCCAGCUCAAUGCCGAAUCCAGAAAUGUACCACAGAUUUCGUGUCCCUCACUUCACACCUGAACUCUGCCACCGAUGGCUUCGACUCUGACUUCUGCAAGGCACUCCGUGCCUAUGCCGGCUGCACCCAGCGAACUUCAAAAGCCUGCCGUGGCAACCUGGUGUACCAUUCUGCCGUGUUAGGUAUCAGCGACCUCAUGAGCCAGAGGAACUGUUCCAAGGAUGGACCCACAUCCUCCACCAACCCGGAAGUGACCCAUGACCCUUGUAACUACCACAGCCACGGAGGAGUCAGAGAACACAGGGGAGGAGGGGACCAGAGCCCUCCCAAUUACCUUUUCUGCGGCUUGUUUGGAGACCCUCACCUUAGAACUUUCAGGGAUCACUUCCAGACGUGCAAAGUGGAAGGGGCCUGGCCACUCAUAGACAAUAAUUAUCUUUCGGUUCAAGUGACAAAUGUGCCUGUGGUCCCUGGAUCCAGUGCAACUGCUACUAACAAGAUCACUAUUAUCUUCAAAGCACACCAUGAGUGUACGGAUCAGAAAGUAUACCAGGCUGUGACAGAUGACCUGCCAGCUGCCUUUGUGGAUGGCACCACCAGUGGGGGGGAUGGUGACGUCAAGAGCCUUCACAUCGUGGAGAAGGAGAGUGGCCGCUACGUCGAGAUGCAUGCCCGCUACAUAGGCACCACAGUGUUUGUGCGACAGCUGGGCCGCUACCUAACCCUCGCCAUUCGAAUGCCUGAAGACUUGGCCAUGUCCUAUGAGGAAAGCCAAGAUCUGCAGCUGUGUGUGAAUGGCUGCCCUCUGAGUGAAUGCAUCGAUGAUGGACAAGGCCAGGUGUCUGCUAUCCUGGGGCACAGCCUGCCACGCACCACCUCAGCGCAGGCCUGGCCUGGCUACACCCUGGAGACCGCCAGCACCCAAUGCCAUGAGAAGAUGCCAGUGAAGGACAUCUAUUUCCAGUCUUGUGUCUUUGACCUGCUCACCACCGGUGAUGCCAACUUUACUGCCGCAGCCCACAGUGCCUUGGAGGACGUGGAGGCGCUGCACCCCAGGAAGGAACGCUGGCACAUCUUCCCCAGCAGCAGCCGUGCAGGAGGCAGCCAUUUGUCUGUUGCUCUUGGACUCACAUGCUUGAUCCUUACUGUGUUUUUGUAGGGGUUGUUUGUUUUUUGGGUUUUUUGUUUGUUUGUUUUUGGUUUUUUUGUCUAUAACAAAAUUUUAAAUAUAUAUUGUCAUAAUAUAUUGAGUGAAAGAAUAUAUAUGUAUAUACCAUGUAUAUGACAGAUGUUUGUCCUGGAACACCAGAUUGUACAUUAUGUGUUUGACUGUUUUCACAUAUGUUGGUUGUUGUGUUUUUUUGAUUGUACCAAUUUUGUUUUGCAGUUUUGUGAAAUGUUUUAUAAUGUCCCUGCCUAGGGGCCUCUUAGAAAGCACUUUAUUUUUUAUAUAUUAAAUAUUUAUGUGUGUACCUGGCUAAUAUGUACAGUGCAUAUACACAGACACAACAGCAAUCCAUUUGAAGGUGACCAGUUUGUAGCUACCUUGGGUGUUCCUCCUGCACGUCCCAUUGCUACUGAUUUGCCAAGGUACACAGUUCAUAAUGGAGCUGUCUCCCUUUUGAAGUGUCAAUCUGAGAGGAAAAUUGUCCCCUCCCUUGUAAGUACUUUUGAUUCUACUUAAGAGCUCUGUUUCUAACAACUUACUCUCAGAACAUGGGGACAGGAUUGCUACAACUGCAGUUCUUGUUACUCUGACAUUUGAGCACAUGGCCCGUGAGGUUGACCCUUCUGAAGCUGCCAUUUGUUAAGUACCAGUAUGGUGAUGGUCAUUUCCAGUUGAUAACCAGGCAUAUCUCCCUACACCUGAGCUAGUCUCCCCUAUUCCUGUUUAAAUAGUAGUUUCCCCUCCUUUUGCUUAAAGAGUUUAAACAAAGUCAUCAACUUACUAGAGUUCAUGCCUUGCUAUCCCUCUCUGUAAUUUGUAGAGAUCACAUUCUUAACUCUUUCCUCCUCGGCUGCUUGGAACCCUAACGGUGCUCUCUCUCCACCCCAACGUCUCCCUCACUUCACCUCAGGAUUCCAAACUCUGGAAUGAUAUUGAGGUCCAGGUGUAGGGCCUUAAGGACAGAAAACCUUCCUUGGUGUGUAUUAGUAUACACGCUUGCCUGUGGAUGCUGUCGUCCCGAUGGUCGUAACUGGGCAUUGCACUGUCCAGGUAGUAUCCGUCUUCUCAGUUCUCUGCCAUCUUAACACCUGUAGUUGAAUAUUAGGCAGUUAGUUGCUCCUGUCACUGAAAUCCCCAUAAGGUAAAGUCUCUCCUUGCCUCUACCAUCCAUUGUUGGUACCAACUAUAGAAGGGAAUUAACAAAAAGGCUGUGAUUAGCAGAGUUAACUCCUGAAUAGAUAGGUUUAUAUUGUUAUAUCUAAAUAGUGUGAGUGUUUGGGUUCCAAGAAGUAAUACAAUUUGUGUUUCAAUAUUUAAGGUUUACAGUAAUGCAAGCUUUAAAUGCUGUAGUUAUCUAGGCCAAGGUGAUGCCUUUGCCGUGUCCUUUUGACCAGUGGCACUGACAGACUUUGGCAUCAGAAAAGGAUACCCAUUUUGUGAAGUGGUAUCAUCAACAGGAUGGGAUUGUGUGUGUGUUCUAGAGGUAGCAAACCCUUAAACUUGGGGAAAAUUCUGAAGGCACCCCUGAACUCCAGGGAGCUGGAAUCUAACCCCCUGUUAAAGAGUCCUUUUAAAGGAAGCUGGACUAGGAAGGACUGACCAACCCUGAGCUCUGAAACAUGGCCACUUUUGUUCAUGUGCGGAGCCAUGUGCCAAGUUCAGAAGCUUUUUCACUAGGCUAGUGACUUGCAGUUGAGUAGAACGAGAAAGGGAAAGACGUUGGAUACUUUUUAACCACUAUUUUUGUUCAAGUAGUAUAAAGGUAAAGUGAAAACAAUAGAAGUUUCUACAGUGUCUGGCUUUAGAGUGUGUGAUUGAUACACCUUUUAUCCUUUUUGGGGGAGAACAAAACCACCACCUCUACUCAUAGUCUGGGUCAGAAAGUGUGUUUAGCGGGAAAGGGUGCCCAUGAGACUAGUAUACUACACAUUGGAAAUAUCAGCAAUAUAGUAUGGUGGAUUGUUUGUUCUCCCUCGUAAUCAGUGUCCCUGUAUGACCUUUAUGGUCCCCACAGAUAACUUUUAGAAAUAAAGUAUUUCUGUAGAGGAGAGCCAGGUUUUCUUUGAGGUUUCUAAGAACUUACUACGGCUUUUGCUUCUUUAGCCAGAAUUUCAGAUGAUGCCAGCGUAUGAGUAGGCUUUGGCUCUUCAUGGGUCUCCUGGGAGAGCUUACAACUUGGGCCAAAGCACCGAUUUCCAUAGAUCUAUGUGUGAUUCUUUCAGAGAAGACUCAAAAAACACGGGGUUUUUUGCCCUCUUCACUGUGCUUGGAAACCCCUACAAAUUGUGCCGAGAGUCUUUACAGAGAAACCUGUAGAUGUGGUUCAUAGGUAUAUGAGUUAAGUAUCUGUGUAAAAACAGUGGGUAUGCAGUAUGUAAAUACUUUAAAUUAUUAUGCUAGAAAAAUAAAAGUUACAGACCA